CGAAUGUGAUCAGUGAUAACUUCCUCACACUAAGGUCAUCCACGAACAGUUAUCGACGUUGGUUCUGGCAACGAACUACUUGAAUCUGUGUGUACAUCUACAUGCACUAGCGCCGCAAGUGGUAAAUUGAUCAUCAAGUCUCGCAAGUAAACUUCCAACGCCAGGUGGCUCUAUUCAAAGUAGAACACAGAUCAGAAAACAUGCAACCUCGUCCGGCGCCUGAUCUGUUGCGCCAGGAAAAGCGGCGAUUUCCUGCACCGGACCGCUCGAAGCUGAAGCAGCAACUCCCGUUCUGCUUAAACUACGUCUCCAGUGCGCUUCUGCGGAAUGAACACGAGUUGCCGUAUGCUGUGUGGGCACGAAAAGUGGCGGCUGCGAUGGAAGGCAGCGUGGGGAUGCAUGCUCUGUGGACGGAGCAGGACUACGAAAAAUUGUUCAAAACUGUGGAUCACACCUUGGUCGGCCUUGCCCUCAGCUCCUGGUGUCUGGCGGUGAAACGGCAGUGGACUUUCACUUCUGCGAAGAAGGAAACAAGCGAGAAGCCGGACGGUGCCACCGUUGAUAGCGACACCAGCGUCAGUAGCACGGUUGUGCUGCAUACAGUGGACUCCUUCAUCGUCGGUGGGAAGGCGGAAGAUGCGGAAGAAGAAAGCGCCGUCACUUGUUCUACCGAGGCGAGCGAAGCAGGGAAUCUGUGUGCCGGUGAAGAUCUGGAGCGCGGCGGGUCGUCCUCGUGUGGUAGUACCUAUUCUACUAGCGGCAACGGCGCGGCGUCCACAGCUGUGGCCACGAUUGUUUCUGACGAAAAGAGAGAGCCGCUUCCCACCAAAACGGGGACCGAAGACGUGCAGGAAAAAGGAACCGACGACCAACCUGUUCCCGAUCUCUUCCUUCCGAAUGAAUUGCGAGACAUUAUCAUUUCCUUUGUCGGCCCGCCCGACAAAACCUCCACCAGCGUCGACCCCCGGAUGCCCAGCGCGCUGCAGGCACAGCGACUUGCCUGGAAGUGGUACGCGCAAAUGCACCGGUCUGCGGUUCAGAAAGUGAUCGGGGAAGCGGCAUCGCAAAUCUCCACUCGGGCGCAAUCCGGGGCGAAAGGAAGCCGGAUUCAGUUGAAGCGGAGUCUCAACUACGACGAGCAGCAGGCACUGUUGGUUGUACAACACACGACAACUCCUGUUCCGCAAGAACAGCAGGCAUUGUUAGCACAACAAUGCUCCCGCAAGGACGUCUUUUUCCAGGAUGUGGUUCACCAGCUUCUCCAGAUGGGUUACGAGGCGAAGAUUGAGGACGAAGAUAGUGCAAAUCCACGAACGCGACGGGGCGAGCGGGAUGCGAGCCCAACAACCGGCAGCAGGAACAUAGCGAAGGAACAAAAUUACGUUUUGGCUAUUUCGUGGGGAUGAUGGCGAAGAUCAAGAUGCGCCUGAUAUGUGGAAUCGCAGAUGACUACAUUUGAGUUUGUGCCUUUACCAUCCGAGGGAGGUGAAAAGACAAAAAGCGUGGUUUUACUUGGCCUCUUGCUAACCACUCCACUUCGAAAUUGUGUCGAUGGUCGAAAUGAAAAAAGACGCACACAAUGAUAUACAUCCUACCUAGCAGCUCUUUAAUUCAGGGACGAUAAGGCAUCAAACCCAUGUUGUUGUGUCGGCAUCUAUUGCCGAUUCGAAGAUGCUGUGCGACAUUUUAUAUCAGAGAUGAUUCUCUACCAAUAAAAAAUAGCUGCACGAGGA